UUUUAGCUGAGUCACCGAGGCUGGGAAUCCCGGAAACGAUGUCGGUGGUGUCAUUGCCGUGUCACGGUGCGCCAAACUCCCUGAUCCGCCUCGUCCCAGCCAAAUUAACGAAUCGAUGGCAGUAUUACGUAGCCCAGAGAUCGAUCCCACAGCAUGCUUGCUUUUUCGUGUUACAUUUUAUUAUCGCCUAUCUCAUUCACCGACGUUCAAGCACAGCAAUCUGAAAGAACGGUUCUAUCUGCACGUAGUCAUGGAAGUCCGUGGUUUGCCUUUUAGAAACAAUCUAAUUUGGGGAAAUGAAGAUGAUUACCAAGGAAAGCAUCCUAACCAGUGGCAUUUCGCGGAGAUAUUGUUUGAGCGUCAGCUCAAUGCAAAGUUUUUCAUCUCCUUGUUGGCGUACCAUAACGACGAUUGUCUAUCCAACAUAAAAACCAUAGCAGUGGAUGUAAUCCGGAUUGAAUACGCCGAAAGCGUCGAACUGGAAUCUGGCGUGUGCCCGAUCACUACGGCCGCAUCCCCCAUAUCCAGCACCGCAUCCGUACCGGUUUGGCCGGCUGUAAAUACAAUGCCUACCACAACAACCACUUCAACAACGACGGCUCAAGUUGGUUCAGGGAUUUCUAUCACAACAGAACUGAAAAACGCUACAAACAAGGAGACAUAUGCUAACGACACUGCUUACUACACCCAGUCACCGCACAGUGUUCUGGACGUUAUUCACAGUGCGGUAGCAGACAGCUCACUAGAAUAUACCGGCCAACCUACCAGAAGGUGGGCGCAAGAAAACGCCGUCAACACGCUCCUACAGAUCACUGACCAAAUAAUAAGAGCUGAGGAGAGUGGAAACCUGCAAGCACCGCCAUUAAGCAAAGACGGACACGCAGCUGCAGCGACUAUAUAUCAGGCACUGGAGCACAUGUACCAUACACUGCCGCCUCAAGAGGACCUAUACGUGUUCAAUAAUUCUUUCUCGCGGGUUUACGUCAGUGCUGUUCUAAUCGAUGGCUCGUCCCAGUUUGAAAGCCUCAGCCUAACCUCACAACUGGAAGUUAGUGGUUUCGAUCCGAAAGGCAAUAUAUUUUUCUUGGGUGACAGCUCAUCCUCAGUGGCCAGCAUCGCCUUUAAGAAAGAAGUACUGAAAGAAGUUUUUGAAGAUUUAAGACAAUCUGCGAAUGAAACACGAGUAAGGUUCGUCCUUUCACUUUCUGCAAUGCUGUCAUUCAAGUUUGCCAAGUUUAUUCCCCAAAAUGAACUCCGCGAAAGGUCAAGCCCGAUAAUUUUGCUCGCAUCAAUGAAUCACAGGCCCAAGAGGAAAGACACAGUAAUCAUUCGACACAACGUGGACGUACUAUUUGAGCAUCCAUCUGGAGCCAAAAGACAGCACCAAUGCAUCUUCUUGAACUAUACAUCCAAGCAGUGGUCGGGAGACGAGUGCAGAAUAUUUGCAAAGAGUGCUAAAUGGGACAGCACAACCGUGGAAUGCGCAUGCAAUCACUUCACACCGUUCUCGCUUUUGCUGACUUUGUGUGGCAGUUUAUCGAGAUCCUUCAUUCCCAAAGAUAAGUCGCUCACUUUGGAUUUGGCGGUUGUGACAACAGCAACGACCAUCGUUUCGGCAGCGUGCUGCCUCGUUGCUCUCCUUAUCAUAGUGGUGAGAAUCUGGAGACGUAGCGUUAUUUGUGACAAGGUGACAUUUACACGGAUGGGUUUGUGGAUAGCGCUGUUAGGGAUGUAUCUCUUCAUAGUUUUCUCACAGUUGGUAGUUUACGCUCCUGAAUUGUGCGGACAAAAAUUCUGCCUGCGGUUCAAACAGUUCAACUUAUUCAAGUCAUAUUGUAUCCGGAACGAUACGGGAGAGGAAAUCACCUCCCAGGAGACUCAUACCAUGGAUUUAGAGUGA